UGACCAGAUACCAAACGAAAUCAGACAUGGCAAAUCUGAAAUCCCCGUGUUUGAGGCCCUGGUUCACAAAUAACCAAGAGUCCAGGCGGCUUAUACGAAAGACGCUACAUUUGAAAAUGCGACCCCCGACGCCAAAGAGUUGAACGACGACCGAAUCGCCUAUGGCGAAAAGUACACGAUGAACGUAUUAAAAUCUUCUUCCUUCGUCGUCUCUCCUCCCCUUCGUCUUCCUCCUCCGUCCUCAGAUCCAGCACUGUUGCCUCCUACUAGUUAACCGCUACCAUUCUUUCGAGAGAAACCGGAAGCUCUUCUGAAUUAGAGGAAGUUGGGGAAGAAAGCGCGGGAAGGCGGAGCAGAGCAUGAUGCUCCCAAGCGCCGAGCUGUCGGCGUCCAACGGCGGCGGCGCCAAUGGCCUGCCAACGCUGCCGGAUUUCAUGGGCGGGAAGAGCAGGUACAUGCGCAUGGACGACGUGCUCCCUCCGGAGCAGGAAGGGGAGGAGGACGGCGGCGUCCGCGUCCGUGAGCGACAGAGCAGCAGGAGAUACGUCUUCGCCUGCUCCGUCUUCGCCUCCCUCAACUCCGUCCUGCUCGGCUACGAUGUUGGUGUGAUGAGCGGUUGCAUUCUGUUCAUUCAGAGGGACCUCCACAUCAACGAGGUGCAGCAAGAAGUCCUGGUCGGCUGCCUCAGCUUCAUCUCCCUCCUCGGCAGCCUCGCCGGCGGUAGGACGUCCGACGCCAUCGGCCGCAAGUGGACCAUCGGCCUCGCCGCCGUCGUCUUCCAGGCCGGCGCGGCCGUCAUGACGUUCGCCCCGUCCUUCCGGGUCCUCAUGAUCGGCAGGCUGCUGGCCGGCAUUGGCAUCGGGUUCGGCAUCAUGAUCGCACCGGUGUACAUCGCGGAGAUCUCCCCGGCCGCGUCCAGGGGCUCCCUCACCUCCUUCCCGGAGAUCUUCAUCAACCUCGGGAUUCUUCUGGGGUACAUCUCCAACUACGCGUUCUCCGGCCUCUCCGACCACAUCAACUGGCGCGUCAUGCUCGCCGUCGGCAUCCUCCCGUCCGUGUCCAUCGCCUUCGCGCUGCUCGUCAUCCCGGAGUCGCCGCGGUGGCUGGUGAUGCAGAACAGAGCCGACGAGGCGCGCGCCGUGCUUCUCAAGGUGACUGACAGCGAGGACGAGGCCAAAGAGAGGCUUGCCGAGAUCGAGGCUGCCGCGGCAGCCACGAGCGCCGGGAAGUACGGGGACAAGACGGUGUGGCAGGAGCUGUCGACGCCGUCGCCGGUGAUCGCCCGCAUGCUCGUAACCGGGCUGGGCAUCCAGUGCUUCCAGCAGAUCACGGGUAUCGACGCGUUGGUGUACUACAGCCCGACCAUAUUCCGGGACGCCGGGAUCACCACCGAGAGCCAGCUCCUCGCCGCCACGGUUGCCGUCGGGUUCUUCAAGACGGCGUUCAUAGCGCUCGCCAUCGUGCUGAUCGACCGCGUCGGCCGGAAGCCGCUGCUGUACGUCAGCACGAUCGGCAUGUCCGUCUGCCUGGCCGUCCUGUCCGCCGCGCUCUUCCUGCUCGCGCACGGGUGGGUGUCCAGGGGCGCCGGCAUCGCCGUCGCCGUCCUGACGGUGUGCGGCGACGUUGCGUUCUUCUCGGUGGGGAUAGGGCCCAUCUGCUGGGUGGUGAGCUCGGAGAUCUUCCCGCUGCGGCUGCGCGCGCAGGCCGCGGCGCUGGGAGCCGUCUCGAACAGGGUGACCAGCGGCGCGGUGGCCAUGUCCUUCCUGUCCAUCUGCCGCGCCAUCUCCGUCGCGGGCGCGUUCUCCGCGUUCGCGAUCAUAUCCGCCCUCUCCGUGGUGUUCGUGCACAAGUUUGUCCCCGAGACCAGCGGCAAGACGCUGGAGCAGAUCGAGUUGCUGUUUGGUGGCGGCGACGGCGAGGGGCGGGGAGACCUGGAGCUCGACGACGUGGAGCAAUUGGUGCAGAAGGGAUGAGUCUGACUGACAGUUACACGCGACGAAUGGAGAGGUCUUCCAAUCGUUCAGCUCAGCACCACAACUGCUCGCUGUUUCCUAGCAGGGUAUAAACUGGGUUGCUGAUGCCGUGGUACAGUCAUGCAUGCUGGGGGUGUAUCUGAAACGCAGCGGUUCAACAUCCAAGUGAUGGAAUUGCAGGAAGUGGUAGUUUGGUACAGACAUGCUACAAGUGACACUGAUCGCUUGGAGAUGGUAGCCAAGGAUGGAUUCGAAUUCACUUCAAUUUUAGAAACUAACGGUUGUUUUCCUUCUUGAUGAACACUGAACUAAAAGACACACAUUGACACACAGUAUAAAUUCA